UAUACAAACUUCAUAAAUCGCCAAAAAUAAAAUUCAAAGAAAAAAAAAAAAAAAAAAACACAAAUAAAAAAACACUCACACCGCAACUGCAGAAAUGGUCGCCGUCACCGGCGGCGGCGGCGGCGCCGCCAGUAAAUCAUUCGCCGUCCAGGUCAUCACCGGGCGGUGGUUCAUGGUGUUCGCCACCACUCUGAUCAUGUCCGCCGCCGGCGCGACGUACAUGUUCGGCCUCUACUCGUCGACGAUCAAAAAGUCCCUCGGCUACGACCAGACGACUCUGAAUCUGCUCAGCUUCUUCAAAGACCUCGGCUCCAACGUCGGAAUCCUCUCCGGCCUCAUCAACGAGAUCACGCCGCCGUGGGUGGUGCUCGUCAUCGGCGCCGUCCUCAACUUCUUCGGCUACCUCAUGAUCUGGCUCGCCGUCUCCCGGAAAAUCUCCCGGCCGGCGGUCUGGCACAUGUGCGCCUACAUCUGCGUCGGCGCGAACUCGCAGUCCUUCGCCAACACCGGCGCGCUCGUCACCGCCGUCAAGAACUUCCCGGAGAGCCGCGGCGCCGUCCUCGGCUUGCUCAAAGGCUUCGUCGGCCUCAGCGGCGCCAUCAUCACGCAGGUCUACAACGCCGUCUAUGGCGACAAUCCGAAAGCUCUGAUUCUUCUGAUCGGGUGGAUGCCGGCGGUCAUCUCCAUCGUCUUCCUCCGCACGAUUCGGAUCAUCAGAGUCGUCCGAAUCGAACACGAACUCAAAGUCUUCUACCGAUUCCUCUACAUCUCCCUCGGAUUGGCCGGAUUUUUAAUGGCGGUCAUCGUUUUACAGAAGCAGCUCAGCUUCACCAGAGCUGAAUACGCCGUCGCCGCCGCGACUGUCGUCCUCCUCCUCUUCGCUCCGGUCGCCGUCGUCGUCCACGAAGAACUCGUAAUUAGUAAGAAGAAAAAACACGAACUGCACAGCACCGAACCGCAGAGAAUGAGCGUUGUUAUAACUGAAAAGCCAGAAACGGUUACACUUACAACCGCCGCACAGUUACAACAGCAACAACCGUCGCCGGAAAAGGAAGAACUCUCCUGCUGGAGCUUACAGAGCAUUUUCCGGCCGCCGGAGAGGGGCGAAGACUACACAAUUCUACAAGCGCUCUUCAGCGUCGACAUGUUGAUCCUCUUCUUCGCGACGAUUUGCGGCGUUGGAGGAACGCUGACGGCGAUCGACAAUUUGGGGCAAAUCGGAUCGUCGUUAGGUUAUCCGGCGAAGAGCAUCAGCACGUUCGUCUCUCUGGUAAGCAUCUGGAACUAUCUCGGCCGCGUCGUCGCCGGAUUUCUGUCGGAGCACGUUUUACAGAAGUACAAAUUCCCCCGUCCGAUGAUGCUAACCCUAACGCUCGUCGUCUCCUGCGUCGGCCAUGUUCUGAUCGCCUUCGGCGUCGAGAACGGCCUCUACGUGGCCUCCGUCGUCAUCGGAUUCUGCUUCGGCGCGCAGUGGCCAUUGCUGUUCGCCAUUAUAUCGGAGCUUUUCGGCCUGAAGUAUUACUCGACGCUUUACAAUUUCGGGGCGGUGGCGAGUCCGGUGGGACUGUACGUACUGAACGUGAGGGUCACCGGACAUUUGUACGACAGGGAGGCGGAGAGGCAGCUCAGAGCGGCGGGGAAGACGAGGAUUCACGGCGAGGAGCUCGAUUGCGGCGGCGUCGAGUGUUUCCGGACGGCGUUUCUGAUAAUCACCGCCGUGACGGCGUUCGGGGCGAUUGUUUCGAUGCUGCUGGUGCUGAGAACGAGGAAGUUUUAUAAAAGUGAUAUAUACAGGAGAUUUAGGCAGGAGGCCGAGAUGGCGACGGUCGGCGCCACCGCAGCCGGCGGCGGCGAGGGAAACGGCCAUGCGCAGAGCUCGAAGUGAAUAGUUUAAAGAGAUAGACAGAAGAUAUUAUUAACUUAUUAUUGUUGUUAUUAAUUAGUAGCGUAAAGAUGAGGAAAGGGGUAAAAUGGUAAAUUCGCAAUGGAAGGGUUUCGUAUUGUAAUUUCAGCUGGAAUUGUUCCCGCUUGGUUUGUUAAUGAAAUUUUGUUGUUGGUGGGCCCCU